AUGAAAAUUAUUGUAAGAAUAACCCCAGGUUCACAUAGCACAGAAGAAUCAAUUAAUCGACAACUUGCCGAUAAGGAGAGGGUUUCAGCCGCGAUGGAAAAUAUUGGCCUUAUGCAAACAAUAAAUUCAUGUUUGAAACCGAGUGACAAAUAA